CCAUAUCAUCCUCAAACAAAUGGCAUCGUCGAACGUUUCAACAGCACUUUUAUUCCACAAAUCUCAAAACUUCAAGAUACUGAAGACAACAAUUGGGAUGAAUAUUUGCAAGCUGUUGUAUUUGCCUAUAAUUCUGGCAUACAUAAAACUACCAAAUAUUCCCCAUACGAACUCGUUUAUGGUCGUCCACCUCGUCUUCCUAUUCACACACGACCAUCACAUUUUUCAUUUCACAAACCCAGCGAUUAUUUUACCCAAUUACAAAACACAUUACGUAUUUAUCAUCGAGCAGCGAAAUAUAAUAUUAUACACCAACAACAAAUGAACAAAAAUCGAUAUGAUCAAAAUCGUCCUGAUCCACAUUACAAUAUUGGUGAUAAAGUUUUAACUCGUAUUUAUGGUGCUCGAGGCAAAUUAGAUCCCAAAUUUUCUCCCAUACCAAAAAUUAUUAUUUCUACCAAUCAUCCUACUUAUAUAGUUAAAGAUACUCAAACUGGCAUACAAUUCCAGAUUCAUGUUGCGGAUUUACGACCCAUUUACAUUAAUUAA